GCUUACAGGAAAUAUAAAUAUUCAUUAUAGUUGGGUUAGGGUUACACCUGAUAAACCGUAGAAGACUCUGUGUUUUAAGGUUAUGAGAAUAGUAAGCAAUUCAUCAGACUUUGUUAGAGUUUGUCCACAAGAGGAUGCUGUUGCUAAGAUUUGAUAAUCAGGAUGAAACUUUUUACUAUCAGAGAAGUUUUUUUUAUUAUCAUGAUUUCAGAUUGAAUCUUGUUGAAGAGGUGUGCAAAGUCCUCCAGUCGUGCGUCGUUUUCUACAUUUUAGGAUCUCUGCGAUGAAAACUUGGACCAGAUCAUUUCAUUUGUUCCUGAAGCUGAUUUCUGUCACAGUUUUACCAGUUCUUCAAGCACAAAAACUUGAGUUCCAGUCUGAAGUGACGGGAUACCUCGGCCAUGAUGUCAUCUUGCCGUGCGAGUUAAUCCAAGGACAAAAUCUGGCCAGCCUCUCUCUGGUUCAAUGGAAUUUCCAACAGGCAGGAAAAAAUAAAACUAUUAUCCUUGUUUACUCCCCUGAUCAUGGAAUAUCUAUCCGUGAAUCUCCUCUAAAAGGGAGAGUGAAAAUUUCAAAGUAUUCACUAGUAAUUAAUAAUGUGAGUCAAACGGACCAUGGGGCCUACGCCUGUGAGGUCACUAUCUUCCCUGGUGGAAAAUUUGAAGCAACCAUCGCACUUACUGUUGAAGAGGAAACUCCGGUGGAGUGGGUGGAGACUCGCGCGCUGUCAGCUGAGACCGUUUCAGCGAUCGUCACCGGUUCCGUUGUGCUGGUCCUGAUUCUGGCAGCCGUAGCGUACUUUGUCCUCAUUAGAAGAAGUCGCUCGGCCAGGAGGCUCCAAGUCCUCGUAGGUCAGAACAAACACACAAACACAUCCCGCGAUCAGUCAAGCAUACUCAGGCCGUCUUUUAUCGUGAAGGAUCAGGUGAGGUCAGAGUUCAUUCAGAGAGUUAACAAAAGACUUAAUGGGAUGUUUCCUCGCUCACAGGAAGUGGUGUACGCUCCCGUCAAGCCGAAACAACAGUCCAGAGAUCCCACUUUUUCUGAUGAGAAGCACAAACCCACGGUGCACGCUGAUGAUGUCACAUACUCCAGUGUAAAAGUCCUCUAUCAGAAAAAAAUUUCCGGUGGAGCGGGUGGAGACUCGUGUGUUGUCAGCUGAGACCGUCAUCAUUGGUUCCGUUCUGCUGGUCCUGGUUCUGGCUGCCGUAGCGUACUUUCUCCAUAUUAGAAGACGUGGCCCUGCCAGGAUGCUCGGAAAUGAGAAGAACAAACGCAAAAGUCUGUUUUCAUACAUCUUAAAAGAACCGCCACGUCUAUCAGAUGAGUCUCGCCGUCAGACAAGCACGAUCAGACCGUGUUUUACCCUAAAAGAUCAGAUGAGUUCAGAUAUCUUGUGAUUUCAAAGGAAACUUUUGCGUUAAUUAAAGAAAAAUGAAGUUUUUCCAUUUCAGAUGUGGCGAAUUCUCAAAUCAAACUGAAUCAAUCCAAGAAUCCAUCAUUUAUUUGUGUUUUUGUGUUUGACAGAUGUUUUCUUCCAAAGUGACUUACACAGUGGUGAGGCAGGUGGGUGAGGUGUGGUGCCCGAGGACACAACAACUGCAACGGGGCUCAAGCCGGCAACCCUCCAGCCAUGGAGCGGCUGUGGGCUGUUAGCUCCUCCGCCACCAGCCCCCCUCGAAUCAGCUCAACGUGAAAGGCACACGGUGCAGGUUGAUGACAUCAUACAUCACAUUCCUCUGGAGAGCAUGAACAUAAAACAAAAACGUUGUAAUUCUUUCGUUUACUCACUGAAAUGUGAAACUCCUAAAAGCAGGUUUGUGCAGGAUUUGGGUCAAGGUUGGGCUGUGCCUCUAACAGCAGCUGAAACAGGCUUUCUGCAAGUUCACACAUCGUCAUAAAGAUAAAGCACAGACGCUAAUUCCUGUUAUGGUUUCAAACCAGCGUAUCACCAUAGCUCCUCUUAUCCUACCACCAAACAGACCUUGGCUAAACAUUGUGACAGUUUUCAAAAAAUCUCUCAUUUGAGAAAAAGAAAAGAGGAAGAUUGGAGGCAAAACAUGUAAGAAGCAGAAUUAGUUUGCACCAUGAAAAGGGAACUAAGCAGGGCCAAGCCACAAGAUAAGAAUAUUUGGACUUAACCCUUAGCCUGCCAGCUCAACCCAGAGCCUUUCUGUCCCUGCAUCAAAGCAUUAAACGAACUUAACAAGGGAAAAAAUAGCAAAACAAGAAAUGGUCUUAAAGAGAUGAUGAUGGUGCGUCUGUGGUGAAUGGCAGCUUUUUGAACAGUGGGGCUAAUUGUACUAUUCUGGUCUGCAUGUUUAUUUCUUUUUUUAACCAAUGCUACUCAUCUAAAAAUCUGUUAUUUCUGUUUGCUGUCUGGGAUAAUAGUUUUAGUCAGCAUGCUGAGCAGGUUUAUCUGCAGCAUCUGUGGGCAUGUUCAUGGCUCGACCACCUGAGGGCGCUGUUGCUAAGGUGACCAAGAUCCCAACUCGCCUACUCAAUGUGUAACAACGUGACACUCCCACGCAACGAGGUCGCGGUGGCAGCAGCUUAAGCAGGGAGGCAGACUUUCCUCUCCCCAGCCACUUGGGACAGCUCUUCAGGGGAAUCAGCGUUCCCUGGCCAGCGAGAGACAUCGUCCCUCCAGCGUGUCCUGGGUCUUCCUUUAGGGUCUUCUCCCGGUUGGACGUGCCUGCAAAACCUCUCCAGGGAAGCAUCCAGGAGGCAUCCUAAUCAGAUGCCCGAGCCACCUUAACUAUCCAAAGCUUGCAACCAUAGGUGAGGGUAGGAACGUAGAUCGACCGGUAAAUCGAGAACUUUGCCUUUUGACUCAGCUCUCUCUUCACCACGACAGACCGGUACAACGCCCGCAUCACUGCAGAUGCAGCACCAAUCCACCUAUCGCUCUCACUCUACAGCUUUCCUUCACUCGCAAACAAAACCCUGAGAUACUUAAACUCCUCCACUUGAGGCAGGACCUCAUCCCUGACCCGAAGAAGGCAUUCUACCCUUUUCUGAUUAAUCUAUUGUUGAUGUUAUGAUCUUUGAUAGUUGUCAUUGUAAUAUUAUUUAUUAUAGUGCAGGAAAGAUUCAUAUAUGUUCUCAUUAGUAAUAACAUAUUUAUAACUAAGUAUUAAACAUAUGAUGGCUCUGGGAUUUGUAUAAAACAUGAGCGUGUUUUAUUUUGAUAGGCUUGUUUAUGACAAGGUGUUAGGAUUGAAAAAGCAUUAGCUUCACUCCCUUCGGACUGACUUUUUUCUCUUCUAUUUGAUUAUAUCCUUUUGUUCAAUAUGAUUGUUUGUAAAAAUCAUUGCCUUAAGUUCAAAUAAACGUGUCAAUCAAUCAAACAAAGAUAGACCUAAAAUGAAAAAUGCAGGUUCAGGAAGCUUUUCAGAGUUUCCAUUGAACAUUUGCACAUAAUUUCCACAACAGAAGGACACUAAAAGUACCAGAAACAUUGUUAUAUCUAUUUAUUUUUAUUUUUAAUUAAUUUUCCAGGGUGCGGUAGUUAGCGCUGUUGCUUUGCAGCAAAGAGGUCCUGGGUACACAUUCCAGCCUGGAGUAAGGAGAUUGCAAGUUCUCCCUGUGCAUGCACGGGUUCUCUCCGGGUGCUCCGGGUUCCUCCCGCAGUCCAUAAAAAUGCUGUCAGAAACUGCAACGUGUCCUAAUCAAGUAAUCAUGAAGUUCUUCUCUUCCUGCCUAAUUACUGCUGAGAUGUUCUGCAAACAUCUCAUCAGCUCAUCACUAGAGAGCUGGCGUCCCACCUGGUGGCCAUACGCCUCCUCAGCCAUGACGUCACCGGUUCAUCUGAGAAAUGUUCUCCUUCAGGUUCCGGCAAAGGAAACAAAACUUUCAUCAUCGUAGUCUUUUUACAGCUAUUGCGUAAUUAUUUGUGAGAUAAUAUUUUAAAUCACUCACUGAUGAUUUGGGAUGUGAAAAAGUCCUGCAUCCUGCAGACUUUCCAUUUGAACCGUUGUUGGCAAGUCCGUGGACCAUUUCUACAGCAGAACCAAUUGGAUCUUAAUUCUCAUGAAGAUGGUGUAGGAGCCAAGAGCUGUGUUUGUGUGCGUGAUGUUUAAUAUCCUGUUUUCAGUCCAGUUUGCAUAAUUUCCAGUAAGACUAACAUUUAUCUGAAUGUUUAUCGGAAGUCAAGAGCAGCAGAUGGUUCCUGUCUUGUUGCAUGGGUUGCUGGGAAAGACUCCUCAAACACUUCCCAAGUCGUGUAUGUGAGACCCAUUUCCUAAGCUAUACAGGAGCGACGUCAGUAAAAAGAGUAAGUGGGGUCGCAUUUUCGGUGUAAGCAGGCUUUUCUGAGCUGGAGCCGGAGGCCCUGUGCGCUCUGGCUGAACGCGUCCCAAGUUACUGCUGAUGUAUUGCUGAACUGUACAAAUAAAAAGCCCCACGCUGUAAGGACAAAGUUGUCUCAUUCUCUUGUGUUUUGAUAAGGAAAAGAACCACAAUGGAUUCCUACUUCUCUCCCAGAACAGAAACAUGUGUUAUGGCUGGUGCCGUUUAUGUUUUUAUUUCAUUUCUCACUUCUCUGUUUUUUUACUCUAGGCUCCCUAGACAGCCUGGAGCGUAACAAGUGGGGGCUCGUCCGGGAUCUUAAGAUCCCUCAUUCUUCCUGGAGACGUGCUCUUCCUCUGGGUGUUUGUGUUAUUUUGGGUGUGGAAUGUGGGAGGUGACACAUCAUCUGUGGAUUUGAAGACGGCUCAACCAAACCAAUUUUUCUGUAGGGGCAGUGGACCGAGCUUCGCUCUCGCUGCUUCGAGGUGCUGUGGAUCCAGAAGCCUAGCUGUAUCACCCUCAGUGGCCCCGCCUCCUGUCAUCUCUGCUGACGUGGCUACACCUAUGGUGGAUACUGGCUG